GCACAUACAUACAUACAUACAUACCCUCAUACAUCUAAGCAUCACAUUGUGUUAGGAAGAGGUAGGGUAGAGUAGGGUGGUAUGUAUAUCAAGGGGUGGUAAGAGGCAUGCAGGUAGGUACCUAAGGUAUGUACCUCACUGACAUCUACCUAACCCAUAAGCUUGCCUACAUCCAUCAACCAGCAUGCCUAUCUAUGACCAACACCACCCCAACUUUCUUUUUUGUAACCGCCUUUUUCCCUUCCCUCCCCUUUAGGCCUCGAUUGGGCUGUCAUUGAUUAUCAUGAUCGCGAGGCAUUUUCGGCCGGUUCCGUCGCCUAAACGGGCUGGCUUCCCCCUUCUGUUGGUGCUCUCUACCAUGCUCGUAGAAGCUAUCGCAAGGUAGAUUUGGGGGGUUUUAAGCCUCAAGAGGAAGGGUGGGAGAAAGCCAGGACACCCAGCAGGGGUUAUGGGAUGCUACAGUGUUGUAUUGCCGCUGCUGCUAUUGCUGUCGCUACGCUCUGUUACUGGUGCUGCUUCAUCGUCGGCUUCGUUGGCACUAUCUCAUCCCAUCUCAUCUCAUCUCGCGACUCUCGCCCUCGCUCUCGGCCACCCCAUCCAAAUACACACAUAUGCACUUAUCUCUCUCUCCUUUUCUCUCCCUCUCCCUCUUUCCCCCUCCCCCCUCUCUCACCGUCUCUGCAUGUGUGUAUGUGUGUGUAUGUGUGUGU